CUGCGCCUGCGGGGCGCACGCGCCGACGCACCCGGAGCACGGCGGGCGGCUGCAGUCGGUGUGGGCGCGGCUGUGCGAGACGGGGCUGGCCGCGCGCACGGAGCGCACCCGGCCCAGGAAGGCCACGCUGGAGGAGCUGCAGUCGGUGCACGCGGAGGCGCACGUGCUGCUGUUCGGCGGGCGCGGCGGGCGGGGCGCGGAGGGCGCGGGCGCGGGCGUGCGCCAGCUGGUGCGGCUGGCGUGCGGCGGGCUGGGCGUGGACUCGGACACGGCCUGGUCGGACGCGCACACGGCGCCCGCCGCGCGGCUGGCCGCCGGCGCCGUGCUGGACCUGGCCGUGCGCACGGCGCGCGGCGAGCUCCGCAACGGCUUCGCGGUGGUGCGGCCGCCGGGCCACCACGCGGAGCCCAACCAGGCGAUGGGCUUCUGCUUCUUCAACAACGUGGCGAUCGCCGCGCGCGUCCUGCACACGCGCUUGCGCCUGCAGAGGAUACUCAUUGUAGAUUGGGAUGUCCACCACGGCAACGGCACGCAACAGAUCUUUUACGAGGACCCUCACGUGCUGUACAUCAGCAUCCACCGCCACGACGACGGAAACUUCUUCCCGGGCACGGGCGCCGUCACCGAGUGCGGCGCCGGCGCGGGCCUCGGUUUCAACGUCAACAUCCCCUGGUCUUCCGGAACGAAUCCGCCGCUCGGCGACGCCGAAUACCUCGCUGCUUUCCGAUCUAUUAUUAUGCCUAUAGCUAAAGAGUACGACCCGGAGAUCGUGCUGGUGUCGUGCGGCUUCGACGCGGCGGCGGGACACCCCGCGCCGCUCGGCGGCUACAACGUGUCGGCCGCCUGCUUCGCGCACAUGACGCGCGACCUCAUGCAGCUCGCCAACGGAAAGGUGGUGCUGUCGCUGGAGGGCGGCUACGACCUGCCGGCGAUGUGCGACUGCGCGCAGGAGUGCGUGCGCGCGCUGCUCGGCGAGCGGCCCGCCGCGCCCGCGCCGCACGAGCUGGCGCGGCAGCCGGCGCUGCCCGCGCAGGACGUGCUGCGGACCACCAUGGCCAUCCAGGCGCACCACUGGCCCUCGAUAAAGCGCUACUCGGAACUGAUCGGCAUGUCGGCGCUGGAGGCGGGCCCGGCGGUGGCGGCGGCGCGCCUGGGCCGGCUGCAGACAGAGCGCGACGCCGCCGACACCGCCGCCGCCAUGGCCACGCUCUCCAUGCACCACGCCGCGUCCACCUCCACGCUGCCCAUGCAGUCGCCGGACAGCUCCCGGUCCGUGUCGGAGGAGCCCAUGGAGCAGGACGAGGGCAAGUGAGCGCCGCGGGAGCGUCGCCGGACCCUCCCGCCUCGAGAGCCUUCGGGCCCAGUGCAAUAGAGGCGCAGCCGCCUCGCCAUUUAACUUCAACAUUCCCCCGCGCGCCGGGCACCGUGUAGCUAGUUAGUUGUACGUUCAUAUUCGAAUGCGCGAGUGCCAUUUCUGCUAGGAUACUCGAAUCUCGCGGCCGCGGCGGCGGCGUCGUCGACGCUCGCCCGUCGCUCCCCGUGGGGCUUAUUUAUUUAUAGAGAGUUAUAGUGUGAUGAUAUUUUGUGGUUGACAACUUUUAAAGAAUUUAUGUAUAUUUAUGAGGUAUAUAUGAUGUUAUUAUAUAUCGGUAGUUAUUGUAUCGACGUUAGACGUGAACUAAUGGCAUCGCGGUGAAGUGACCUUGUCGAGCUUUACGUUCGCCGUUUGCCCUCUCUUCUUGCCCCGACGGCUUUGAUCGGCACAUUCCUAGGCACCCGUCCGGUGCGGCGCCCUGCUGCAGGGCCAGCGGAGGCGCUAGUGCGGCGUUGCGGCGAGGGCGGCCGCUCGCUAGCGAGAGUGUAACGAAUCGUCUCCUGCCAAAUACUUAUUUUCUGUGGAUCGCGGUGUGUUAUAUGUAUAUUACAUUAAUCGUUCGAUGUAAUGAUUCAUAAUGAAUUAGUAACGGUUUAGAGAGUACUGUGUGUCGGUGGUAAAAUUAAGACAAAUCUUAAUUUGAAAGCUUUAAAAGUUAGUAAAAUAAUGUGUACAAAUAUAUUAAAAUUAUUAUUAUAUUUGAAUGGAAAGCUUUUAAGUGUAUGUACGAACUUUUAGGCUAUGGUACCUCUAGUGGUCGUGCGUGUGACCGCCCCGGUGGUUCGCCGCAGAGCGCGCGUGCGUCUAAUGACCAUUUCCCCUAGUCCAAAUUGUGCCCUGUGUACGCAGAGACCUGCGUUUUUCUCUUAUACCAAAGAUUGUGAACUCCUUGAAACAAAGUGGAACAUUAUACUCGUAGGUAAUGAUAUUAUGCGAUAAGUGAACUUUUGUCUGGCAGUUUAACAACGCAAAGGUUUAUAUCGAAAUGAUACAUUCUCACUUUGUCAGAGGUCCUGUGCCGUUCUCAAUCGUGUAUUUUGGUGAGGCCUAAGUAUUUUAAAUUUCUAUUUAAAAAUAUUAAUGUUGGUGCUCUAGAGCGCAAAAUUGAACAAAAAGUUUUAAAUGUUUGUCUAUUUUUUUAAUGAAGUUGCUUUGAUGAGAAGUUGAACGAUAUUAAUCGAUUUUAUGGAAGAUGUUUCCAUUUCUAAAAAUUAAAAUGUUCAUAACUGUCGACCGCUCUGUGGCUAUUUACGAAUUUACUGUGUAUUUUAAAAUAAAACAUUGUGCAAUGAAAUCCUUUGAAAAAGUCACUGAGUUAAGUCUAGAAAAAAUAUGUACCUAGUUGUUCAUGUCCCAUAUAUGGGCGAUAUCUUUACUGUAGUCGCCGCAGUGGCGCCAUCCGUCUG